UCUAGGGAUGCAACUCUACAGUUGGGUAUGUGCCUGUUCUGAGAUCAAAACCUUAAGGCUGCUUCAAGAUGUGAAAGUUUUCUUGCAGAGCGUGACUGCCUCUACCUUUACCCACUCCUGUCAGCAAUGAAGGAUCGCUUCCUUCAAAAACACAUAGCAAACAGACGAUUGAAGAUGUACGUUAACCUGUGUUAAAAAGUGCCAUGUUAUUUGUUUUUUCAUUUUAACACCGCCUCAGCUGUGCCGCUCCUGCACAGUCGAAGUGUUGGACUCCUCCAGGAGCAGAUUCCUCUCCGAGGAGGGCGGGGUGUGAAGCAGGGACCCCACAGCUGCUUUUAAGGCAGCCUGUGCUGCUGUUCUUAAAGCGCUUUGACCAAGGCAGAGCUAUUUGGGCGGUACCGGUAAGCGUUACCCCGCCUCAUUCACUCCGCAGUCUCCCAAGUUGUUGAGCAGGGUUUCCCCUCUGCCGGCCUUAUCCUUUGACGUUGCCGCUCUGCGCUCAGCUGUCCGUGCCUGCCGCUCGCUCGGCGCUGCGCUGCACGACCUGCCGCCGGGCGCUGCGGGAAUGUUGGGCCUCAGGCGGCGGGUGCGGUAACGUGAGCGGGGUCGGAGCAGCCGUGGAGGCAGCGGGGCAGCGCUGCGAGGCCCAUGGGUCGUGCAAAGACUGCUUGUCUCUUUAUGUUCUUUUUUUACGCGUUUAACUGUUGCAGAACGAGCGAGCAUGCCCUGAGCAGAGCUGCCUGUGCUGCAGAAAGGCGCUGAAGUGCCAUCAUGUCCGAAUCCAGGUUUUCAGGAAGGAGAAAAGCCCAACUGGCCUUGUCGCCGAGCAGAAAGAAGAAGAAAAAAGAAACGGCGAGGACAGUGGAAGAUAAAGGAACGCCGGCCGUACCUCCGCCAUCAUCCUCUAUCAUUUCAUUUUUCAACAACGUCCCCCCUGCCAAAGUUUCCUGUCCCGUGUGUGGACAGAUGGUGCCGAGGUACGGGAUUAACCGGCACAUGGACGAGCUGUGUGGUGCUGGUGAUGGUGGUGCAGCACUUGUUACCUCCCGGAGCCUGCCAGGCACACCUGUGAGCGGUAAUAACAGCCCACAUUGCUCAGAGCCCGCACAUCGCAGAGCGAGCCCUUCCCAAAGCAGUGUGCUGAAAACAGGAGGGAGGGCAGCACGGCAGGUUAGUCCUUAUUUUAGCAGUGAGGGUUCAGGCGGUGAUGUUUACACAGAGCCACAGGAGCAAACAGUUAAAGUCGUCUCGUUGGGAAGCUUGUCAUCUAAACUGUCCAGAAGACGCUGCAUGCAGAGAGGAAAACAGAUCGUGUAUAAAGAGAUGGACUCCUCACCUCCAGCUGCUCACAGCGUGUGCGAUGGGGCUGCAGCACUGGGUGACAGUGCUGAUGAGAUCUGUGCCGGGCAUAGUUCUCAGAAAGAAAAUGAGCUUGUUCAGAGAGUGCACCAGGAGCAGAAUCCCUCAGAGGAGGAGUCUGAAGUUCAGGCUGAAAUAAAUGAAGAUAAUAAGGGAGAUCUUACGGAUGUUGCACAGUCAUCAUUACCAGCUCAUAACAACAAAAGAGUGCUGCUUGAUGCAAGGAACUCCAGAGUUGGAAGUAGAUGUAAAGGCGUGGUGCUCAGUCCUAGUAAUUCUCAAACACAUCUGGCUGUUGGUACCUCAGCAGAGCCCGUCAGCAGUUCAGAGGUUGAGGCACAGCCUCGUGCUCAAUGUGUUCUGUCUUCAGAGGUGGAAGUGAACGGUGACUCACAAAGCUGCUGUAAUGGCAGUGAUGAACAGCUGCUUCCUGUGGAAGUUCUUGAAGACUUAAACUAUGAGUUUAAUCAUAAUUUAUUGGAAAGUGCGGAGUCUCUAAAUUCUGUUAGUGAUAUUUUAAGUAAAAUAAAUGAGAUUAGCUCUCCUGGUCACCCAUAUUACCUCCGAAACUUUUUAAUGGUGUUGCGAGCAGUGUUGGAGAAUGAAGAUGAUGUGAGACUCUUUGAUGAGCAAGAUAUGAACGUUAUUACUAAGUUCUGCCAAUUAUCAGUUGGUGGCCAGAAGUUAUAUGUGAGACUUUUUCAGCGCAAGCUGAACUGGUUAAAAGUGAACAAAAUUGAGUAUGAAGAGAUAGCUGUGGAUUUGUCACCAAUAAUCGAAGAACUGGUUGAAGCCAGAUUUCUGCAAACAGAAUCUGAACUGGAAGACCUGUGUGAAGGUUUGGAUUUGCUUUCUGCCCCUGAACUAAAAUCUUUAGCAAAGAUCUUUCACUUGCCAAACCCAAAUGGCCAGAAACAGCAACUUGUGGAUGAUUUCCUGAGGUUGGCAAAACAACGUUCAGUCUUCAGCAGGAAUCAGGCUGGUAUUGGAACUGUUAUUUUAAAAAGGGCAAAGGAUCUGGCUGGAAGAUCAGUCAGAAUUUGUAAAAGCCCUCGAGCUGUCUUCUCUCGAAUCCUGCUGCUAUUUUCACUGUCUGAGUCAGUGGAGGAUGAAGAAGCUGGUAGUGCUGGUCAAGGCCAGCUCUUCACAGUUCUUAUGGUAAACACGGGACGUGUGGUAUUCCCCAGUUACACUGUACAUAGGAAAACACAAGUCUUUCAGGACAGAGAAGAUCUUAUCAGGUAUGCAACUGCUGCUCACCUGUCAAACGAUAUAGCCACUGCAAUGGUAAAUGGGAACUGGGAAGAAGCUCAUCAUCUGUAUGUGUGUGCAAAAGAGACCUGGAACAAUCUGAAAAACCAUCCUUCCUUGAGCUGUCACAGAGUUCUACCCGAGUAUCUGCGACGUUUCACAGUUGGCUGGAAAUACACGAGGAUACUUUCUCAAGGUGUUGAAAUUUUGCAGAGACUUCACAUGUAUGAGGCAGCAGUGCAGGAGCUGCAGACGCUUUUGGCUCAGGAUGUGUAUUGUACUGACAGCAGGGGGCGGUGGUGGGAUCGCCUUGCUCUGAAUCUGCAUCAGCACUUGAAAAACACCAAGCAGGCCGUUGAUUGCAUUAAGAAUGGACUGGCUGACCCGUUUGUGCGGACAGGGCACCGUCUUGCUCUCUACCUGCGGGCUCAGCGCAUCAGAGACUCACCGAGCUGCAGGCAGUUCAGGUGCCUUUUUCAAGAUCUGCCAGACAUAACUGUGGAGGAUGUGACACACGUUACAAUCAAGGGAAAGAUGUGUCCUCAAACAGGACUGGGAAAGUCUGUGUUCCUAAUGGAGGGUGUCAGCGAUGAAGAAGAAGGAGGCAAAGACUGCAGUGUAUCCACAGUCAUGUGCUCUGUUGAGGAACUUGCAUUAACUCAUUACAGACAGAAUGGUUUUGAUCAGGGUAUUCACGGAGAGGGUUCAACAUUUAUUACGCUGUAUGGUAUUCUAAUGUGGGAUAUCAUUUUCAUGGAUGGCAUACCCGAUGUCUUCAGAAAUUCCUAUCAGAUGUUCCCCCUGGAUUUAUACACUGACUGCUUCUAUGAGAACAGGAGGGAUGCCAUUGAGGCCAGGCUCCAGCUGCUUCAUGAAGCUUCCUUGGACACACUGGCAAACUUAAUUGCUGAUGUCUGGACCACUCAGGAGGGAAAAGCAGCAGCACUGGUUAACUGGGGACUUUUUAGUUCCCUCCAGCAGGUUCAGAGCCUCGUCUCAAGCCUUGGAGGAAUGUUUCUGAGUGGUGUUUUUAGGCGGCUUUCCAAAGAUCUGCGCCAUUGCAGAGGGGGGCUUCCUGAUCUGGUUGUGUGGAGUACUCACAGCAAUCACUUCAAGGUGGUAGAAGUGAAAGGUCCCAAUGAUCGCCUGUCCCACAAGCAGAUGAUCUGGCUGAGUGAGCUGAAGAAGCUGGGGGCUGCCGUAGAAGUUUGUCACGUACAAGCAGUUGGAGCUAAGAGCAAACGUCUCAGUUGACAGAAGGUCUCUCAACCACAUGGGUAACUUGGUUGUUUCUAAGGAUGUGGCAUGUUACACACUAACGAUUACUGCUGCUUAGUGCACAAAACAUUCUAAAGAAUAGUACGAGUUACUGGCUGUAGAUCAGUAGAAUAAAGCAUUUUUUUCUAUACACA